AUGGCCGCUGCCUCUAUAACUACGGCCGUGCCGGUGGCUACAGACAGCGCAUCAGCCUUGCCUCAGUUGGACGCUAUACCGGUACCACCAACAUUAUCCAGGGCCUUAGGGGUAUCGACAGGGAUAUACCCCGAGUCCGAGUCGCAGCCUGCGCCUACCUCAGACUUAAUAGAAGACGAAUCGAGCAAAAGCGACUCGAGAUAUCUCAUAACAUCGCCCUAUACUACGCCGGAGCACCUCCUGGACCUCUCAACUCUCGACACACCGAAUCGCCUCCUCGCGCAAGCCCUAACAACACUCACCCCCACGCGCGCAGACUACGCCACAGCGCCAUACGCCGAGUCCUUCAACUGGUCAUCCGUCUCAGCAACACUUCACGAUCUUGCCGCGAAAGAAGGCUACUCGUGGAAGCGGCAGAGUUUCUAUGUCGUUGUGUUCAGGUCAACACUGCAAACAGAUAUCGAUGGGGAGCGCCUGCACUUGCUGGAUGAACGAUCGCAUGCAGAGGCUGUGACUAGUGGUGGCUUGCUGAGGUAUUGGUUUGGAGUUAAGAAUGAGAAGAGGGAGAAUCUUGCUACUUGUGUAUGGAGAAGUCGCGAAGAUGCAAGAGCAGGCGGGACUGGGCCCUGGCAUGCAAAGGCGCGCGGGGCUGCCAGGGUAAUGUAUGAGCAGAUUGUGUUCACAACGCUCGAGCUUGUUGUUGGCGAGGAGGUUGGGGAGUGGGAGUUUCGAGAGUGGAAGCAUUAG